AUGUCUAUCCCGAAGUCUCGCCUGGCGAAUUUGGUCGGGCACUUUCUUCCCUCCUCGUCUACACCUUCUCAGGGUCUGCCCAUUGACAACCUGGUAAUCGAUAACCGGAAAGUCGGGAGCCCCUCAUGGUACAAUCAUCAUACACUCUCUCCUUGCUUCUUUCUCCCGCGCGCCGCAGCCAUUGAGCCAAACGCCGAAGCCAUCUACCACCGGACAGCGAACAACAAGAUCCUACGGCGGUCAUACAUAGAAUUUGCAGACCGUGCCCGUGGAUUUGCAUACUACAUCAAAAAGAAGGGUUACAAGAGAGUGGGAAUACUAGCGACGAACACACCGGCCUUUCUCGAGGCUAUAUUCGGUAUUGGCGCUGCAGGUGCGAUCAACGUUGCUAUUAACUACCGCCUGAAAAAGGACGACAUUGCGUACAUAUUCGAUCAUGCCGAUGUGGACGCCAUCCUCGUGGAUGCCGAGUUCGUUGGACUGCUCGAUGACUAUAAGCAGAAACAUCCCACAGUACCCGUAAUCAUCGACACAGACACAGAUGCCAUAGAAGGCCAAUUAUGUGGGCCAUUCGAUGAAGCCGUAUUGGAAGGGCUUCAGUAUGACCAAGAGCAGGGCGCCUAUGGUUGGGAUCAAUUAGAGUCGCAAGCCCCGGACGAAUUCUCAGUUAACGCACUAGCUUAUACUUCUGGAACGACGGCUCGACCCAAAGGCGUUGAAUACACCCACCGCGGUUGCUACCUGGGCGCUUUGGGCAAUGUCGUCGAGUCGGGUCUCUCAUACCACGAUGGAGAGCGCUGCAAAUACCUCUGGACCUUACCCAUGUUUCACGCCAUGGGAUGGACAUUCCCUUGGGCCGUGACAGCAGCGAGGGGGACACACUAUUGUCUCCGAAAGAUCGACUACCCCGAAAUAUGGAGGUUACUGAGAGAUGAGGGAAUCACCCAUUACUGUGCAGCCCCAACAGUCAACACUCUUCUUUGCGCGGACUCGAACGCCGCGCCGCUUCCAAAGCCGGUGCGAGUCACUGUAGCGGCUAGUCCCCCUACAGCACAUCUGUUUGAGCAGAUGACCAGUCUCAAUCUUCAGCCGGUGCAUGUUUACGGCAUGACCGAGACAUACGGGCCCAUCACCAAGGGGUACAUCAUGCCAGAAUGGCACCAAUAUCCUAACGUCAAAGAUAAGUACGCCAAAAUGGCUCGUCAAGGUCAUGGCUUCAUCACCUCUCUGCCUUGCCGGGUGAUCAAGACCGAGGUUCCCCCUGGGACCGUUGUUGACGUUGAAAAGAACGGCCAAGAAAUUGGCGAAAUCGUCUUCAUCGGCAACAUUUGUGCCAGAGGAUAUUACAAGGACGAAGCGGCAACGAGGAAGUUAUUCCAAGAUGGUGUCCUACAUUCAGGUGACUUGGCUGUUUGGCAUGAGGACGGUGCCAUCCAGAUUCUUGACAGAGCCAAGGACAUUAUCAUCUCAGGCGGUGAGAACAUAUCUUCCGUUGCUCUCGAGUCCCUCCUCGUCACUCAUCCUGACAUUCUCGAAUGCGGAGUGGCUGCGGUGAGCGACAGCCAUUGGGGAGAGCGGCCAAAGGCUUUCAUAACAGUUAAGUCGGGCUCGAACACGACUGGCGAAGAUGUGAUCCAAUGGUCGCGAAAUCAUCCUGGAAUCAGUAAAUUCAUGGUCCCACGCGAGGUCGAAAUUGUACCUGAGCUCCCCAAGACGAGUACUGGAAAGAUCCGCAAAAACAUACUAAGGGACUGGGCGAAGGGUGCGAAAAGGGGAGGGGAGUAG